GCGGCGGCGCCGGGGCGGGCGCGCGUCCGCGGCGGUGAUGGCGGUGCGUGAACGCGCGGCGGCAGCAAUGGCCGCUCUGGAGCGGCGGGUGCCGAGUCUCGAUGACUUCGCGGGACAGAGCUGGAGCUCGUGGGUGGAGCGGGCCGAGCUGCCCGCGGCCGACGGGGCUGAGUUGGAGGAGAGUAACAAAAACCUGAAGAAGUUGGAUGCCAUGACCCUCAUUAAAGAAGACAUGUCCAUCUUCGGGCACUGCCCUGCCCAUGACGACUUCUAUUUGGUUGUAUGUAACCAUUGCAGCCAAGUGGUGAAGCCUCAAGCUUUCCAGAAGCACUGCGAAAGAAGACAUGGGCCGCUCAGCAAGCUUUACGCCCGGGCCCCACCCCCACCUCCAGCCCCUGCCAGCUCUCAGAAAUGCCAUGUAGUGAACGGUCAGGGCCCAGCUUGUAGGGCCCCAGGUUCCACCAAAACCUCCUCCAGGGAGAAGGGCCAGGGGUCCCGGAGCCGUGGCCACCAGCCUCCAGAGAAGACCCAGAAGGACAACCUCUGCCUUUUCGUGCCUGUGGUGAAUCUGGAAAAGAUGUCCAGUGUCCCGAAGCCUGAUGGACACGGAAUCAGGGUGGCUCCGCCCUCUGCUUUCCUCAGCCAGCCGGCUGGCCUCACCAAGGACUCCCCUGGAAAAAACCCCAUGGCAUCCCCUUCUAAAGAACUUCCUGGCAGAGGGAGCAUCGAGAUAACCCCCAGCGAGGGCUCCAGUCACCGGGCUGAAGGCAGCCCGUCUGAAAAGGAGCCUGGUGGGGCCAGGCUGCCCCCUAAAACCCACCGGAAGAUGGCUCGGAAGGAGUGCGACCUCAACAGGCAGUGUGGGGUAAUAAAUCCAGAGACCAAAAAGAUCUGUACCCGCCUGCUGACCUGCAAGAUCCACUCCGUGCACCAGCGCAGGGAAGUCCAGGGCCGAGCCAAGGACUUUGACGUGCUGGUGGCAGAGCUGAAGGCCAACUCCCGCAAAGGGGAGUCUCCCAAGGAGAAGAGCCCAGGGCGCAAGGAGGCAGCUCUUGAGCGCCCCUCCCAGGAGCCCCCCUCCUCAGUCCAGGUUGUGGCAGCAGUGGCUGCUCCCAGCAGCACCUUCUCUGCUCGUGCCAAGCAGACCUACCCAUACUGUGCACUGCCCAGGUCCCGGGCCUCCUCUGAGAGUGAGUUGGAUGAUGAAGGCCCUUGUGGUGAUGGGGACCCAGGCCUGUUCCCCUUCCCCCUGCCCCGGGGUGGUGCCCAGGCCUCCAGCGAGGAGAGUGAGGAGGAGGGGACAUCUGAUGACCUCCACCUCCCCACUGACUGCCAUUAUGCAACCCGGCCCCCUCGGCCGCAGGCGUUCUGCACCUUUGGGAGCCGGCUGGUGAGUCCAGGAUGCUACGUGUUUAGCCGCCGGCUGGACCGGUUCUGCUCGGCACUGAGCUCUAUGCUGGAACGGCACCUCAGCUCACACAUGUGGAAGAAGAUCCCCCCGGCGGCUGAGCCUCCAUCCCACCUUGUCAGCUCCCCGCCAUCUGCUCCCCUGAGCCCAUCCUCUACGGGCAGCUGCCCCCGCCUUCCAGGCCCACCCCCCAGACCUGCCUGCCCAGCCUCCACGCCCCCCACCAAGGACAGCCUUGGCCCUGGCUACCCUGCAGGCUCCCCCAACGUGGCAGCCGCCUGCAGCCAGGCGGAGUGCAUGGGUGGGAGCCAGGCUAUCACCUCACCACUGCCUGCCAACACACCUUCCCCGUCCUUCAGCAAGCUCCCACCUUCCAAGGCCAGCAAGUCAUCCAAAGGCAAGGACGGGCUCGAGGUGGAGGCUCCUUCUCGAAAGCGAAAGUUAUCCCCUGGGCCCACCACUUUCAAACGGACCUGCGUCCUGGAGCCCACUGGAAAAGGCAAACCCUCUGGCUGCCGGGGCCUCUCGGCCAAGACUAAAACAGGCCUGGGCAUGGGGCUUAAUGGGACGGUGGAGCCAAGAGUGAAGCGGGCAGGGCCCCUGGACUGUCGGGGUUCCCCUCAUCAGCCCCCCACGCCAGUCAAGGCUUCUCAGCUGGACAGCCAGGGAGCGGCUGGACACCCGGCCAAGGCCCUGCCGACCAACUGCCUCUCUGAGGAGGAGGUAGCCAAGAAGCGGAAAAACCUGGCCACUUACUGCCGGCCAGUGAAGGCCAAGCACUGCCAGGCUGGUGCCCCUGCCGACGCGGCCUGCUCUGUGCGCCGCAAGAAGCCGGGUCCAGCCCUGGCCUUUGAGGAGAAGUGUUCUACACUGAAGGUACCAGCCCAGCUCCCUGAAGAGCAGGGGCAGGGAAGGGUCAGGAUGGAUGAGGUUGGAGUGCACAGGCACCUGACAAAAAGAGGUGCUUAAGUAAACGUCUUGCAGGGAAGGGAAGACUGGGGAAGUUGAGAGAGCGUUCCUGGGCCAUCUGCUCUAGGGAGAGGUGACCCCGGCUUUUGCUUGGUGGGCCUUCCCCUAUCCCCAGCCCUCUCCUUUGGGCUAAGGAGAUGUUGCCUCUGCCUCUCCCCCUUCCCCUGCUUGCUUUAAUCAAAGGGCCACUUUCUGAAUUGGCUGUGGCCCUCACUCCAGGACUUGGAGCUACCUCUGUUCCCUGAAGGAGAGAAAGCUGGACUCCAUGAGCUCUGAUAAGAAAGGUUUGGGCAGUGGGGUUGAGCUUGGGUCCCUGAGCUGUGGCCUAACACGCUGCGCACAGGCUGGGUGGGCUGGUCUUGUUCCUUGGUUUUGCCUCUGGGCAUCAGGGCAUGAAAGGGCAGGGACAUAACCCAAGGUCCCCGUAUGCAUGUCUGCCCAUCUUAUACAUAUACCCAUUGCCAGGUUUUGAGGUGGCAGGCAAGCUCUCCAGGGUUUCUGGUAAAGCCAGCAGCCAGGUUUAUUUGCCUCUUCUGAUGGGAGCCCUGGAGUAGCAUGCUAUGAGCUAUCCAUAUGACCUUAGCCAUUGGAGGUGGGAAGGGGAGAUGCCCUCCUGGUUUAGGCACUGGCCAGAUGCAUACCAACACCUUUGGUGCCCAUACGAGAGUAGUAAGUUUGACAGCUGCAUGGGGCCUGAGUGUGUUUUUGUCACACGUGUGCAUGGGUGAUCUCCAGGCUGCCUCUGCUGGGCUGGCAUUCAUCCUCCCUCUUGCCCAGCUUUACUCACAAGACCAGCAGGAGGAAAUCAAGCCUUAGCUUUUCUGGCCCACGUAGUUUGCUGGAUAGGAGGACAGUUAGACCCCCAGCCCGACCCUGUCUCUUGCCUCUUGUCUUCCUACAGUCAAAAGCCCAUUAACAAGAAAGUGCCUGCCCACUGCGAUGGAGCUGCCAGCACCUCCUCCCCUCCAGAUCCGGGCCCCAGGCUGCUGCCGCUUUUUAUAACUUUAUAUUAUUUUUUUUAAGAAAAAAAACUCUUUAAAAUACCUCAAGACUGUCUCCCUGUUCUGUUGCUGCUAAGAAAAUAUAAAAACAGAAACGUAGAAAA